AUUGUGGUACAGUUGCUGUAACCAAAUGUCAGUGGGGUAGUAGUCCGCAAUUCACAACAAAAGAAGAUCGUACACAAUGUAGACGUGUUCUAUGUCCACUACAUGAACAACAACGACCAUGGGGUUUAUACGGAAUGCCAAUGAGUUUUUGUGAACAUCAUGCACAAUUAGGACAAAUGAUGGUUAAUAAUAAAACAUGUAUCAUCCUAUAA